AUGGGAGACCAAGAGAAUGCUCUUAAAGAUGAGGUCCCCACGGAGAAAGUCCCUUCGCUCAUUUAUCGCCCAUCCGGUCGGUCAUUGGGUAUUAUCUAUGAGAAUGUGACAGUUUUUGGUGCAGAAUCUGGAACUGAUGGCAUUUCGAACCUGCCAGCAAUCCUGUUCAAAAUUGCGAAGUGGCCCUUCUCAAAACUUCUCACGAGAAAAGCCGAUGCAUCUACGAAGAUCAUAGAGAAUGUAUCAGGCGUUCUUUUCCCCGGAGAGACUUUGUUGGUGUUGGGUCGACCAGGGUCCGGCUGCUCGACUGCCUUGAAAGUUCUGGCCAACAACCACGAGUCUUUCCAGGACGUGCGCGGUAUGGUAUCCUACGCCGGUCUAGAAUCAAAGGAGAUGCUCGAGAAAUUUCCUUCAGAGGUCAUAUAUGUGAGCGAAGAGGAUAUCCAUUUUCCAACUCUUAAAGUAAAAGACACACUUGGCUUCGGCUUUCGCCUUCGCAAACCUGCCUCCGAGCAGAGGGAUGAUGCCGCUUUUGCCGACGAGAUGACAGAUGCAAGCUUGUCUGCCAUGGGAAUGAUGCAUACAAAAGACACGAUCUUCUUGCGUACCCUCCGAUCUGUGUCCAAGAGUUCCGGAAUGUCCAACGCUGUAUCCAUUUAUCAGGUCUCGGAGAAAAUUUACGAGGAGUGCUUCGACCGGGUCAUGGUACUCCAUGAAGGUCAAAUGAUCUUUUAUGGGUUAACGUCCGACGCGAAGCAGUAUUUUACCGACCUUGGAUUUGAGUGCCGUAACAGACAAACAACCCCCGACUUUUUGACCUCCGUGACCUCACCAGCCGAGCGAUUGAUCCGCGAGGACCAUAAGGCCUCUUUCGUCCCUCUUACUCCAGUCGAGAUGGCACAUGCCUUUCGCAACAGCACUCAUUAUCGGAAACUCCUGGACGAAAUGGAAAGAUACCGCACCACAGUAGUGCAAGAUCAAAAUACCAUUACUCAAUUUGCUCAAAGCGUGGAUGAAUUGAGAUCCAAAUGGACUCUUGGAAAAGCGUCCGCCCCAACGCCAUUGUUCAAGCAGGUCUGGGUGACACUGCGUCGGCACUACCAACUGCUUUGGGGCGAACGUCGAACAUUUUACGCGCUCAUCGCAUUCAACCUGGCCAACGCCCUCAUCAACGGUUCUUCCUACUACAUGGCCCCGAAAGAUGCCACUGGCUCUUACGAAAGAAGCUGUGCGUUGUUUUUUUCUUUGAUUUAUUUCUGCUUGGUGGGCAUGGCAGAAACUACAGUCACUGUAAAAUCGCGCGACGUGCUGCUUAAACAAUCCAAGUACGGGUUUCUUCGACCGGCAGCCCUUGUCAUUGCACAAGCUUUGGCGGAUAUCCCAGUUGCAUUCAUCCAAUGUCUUCUCUUCACAUGCUGCUAUUAUUUCACCAUCGGUCUGGUGAAGACAGCCUCUGCCUUUUGGAUAUUUGUCCUGGUUGUCUUUACUUACUAUUCCGCUAUACAAAGCAUGUUUCGAAUGUUAGGCGCCUGGUCUCCUAAUACAUCGAUUGCCCUGCUUCUAGCUGGUAGUGCGGUUCCCGUCAAUCUUCUCUGGUCUGGCUUUUCCCCGACGAGACCGACACAACUUCGGUGGGGAUCCUGGAUACGACGGAUUGCACCUUCACCCUGGGCGCUCGAGGCGCUAAUUGGGAACGAGUUUUCCGGUAUCGACUUGACUUGUCAUGAAUUUCAGAUGGUGCCAACUGGCAGUGGAUACGAUGACCUGCGAUAUCAAACCUGCAGCAUUGUGGGAAGCGAAAAAGGUCAUCGAUCAGUAACUGGUACGACAUACAUGACCCACCAGUUCGCGUUCUCUCGUGAGAACUUAUGGCGGAAUUUUGGUAUUCUCUUGGUCCUAUGGUUUUUGUACACGUUGUUGGCCGGGUUAGGACUCACCAUCAUGACCCGGGAAACUAGCGGUUCUCAUUCUCGAGUGUUCAAGAAAUCAAAGUCAACUUCUCUAGCCCGACAUGCAACGCUGAGUGAUGAUGUUGAAAGGAACUUUAAUACGUCGUCUCAUUCGUCUAGCAUUUCGACGGUUCAGAUCGAUGAAAAUGAGCCUAUCGGUCAAGUCAGCAGCAAGCCACAUGGUUCAGUCUUUUCAUUCAAAGAUUUAAGCUACUACGUGAACGUCAAUGGCGAGGAAAAGCAGUUGCUUCGAAGUAUCAGUGGCUACGUCAAGCCUGGCCAGCUAACUGCUCUGAUGGGCGCAUCUGGUGCGGGCAAAACAACUCUUCUCGAUACGCUCGCCCAACGGAAUAGCAGUGGACGCGUGGAAGGACAACUGAGAAUCAAUGGGAAGCCUUUAGGUCCCACAUUCCCUCGCUCCUGUGGUUUCGUGAUGCAGCAAGAUGUUCACGAGCCUUUGGCUACCGUUCGCGAAGCGCUUCAGUUUUCCGCUCGUAUGAGACAGCCGGCAAACAUCUCCGAUAGCGAAAAGAUGGCAUAUGUUGAAAAUGUCAUCAACACCCUGGACAUGGAGUCUAUCGCAGAUGCGAUUAUUGGAACUCCCGGUGACGGAAAACUAUCUGUGGAAGAACGGAAAAGAAUAACCAUUGGAGUUGAAUUGGCAGCUCGUCCGUCUGCGUUGCUGUUUCUUGACGAACCCACAUCAGGUCUCGACAGCCAAGCCGCUUUUUCCUUGGUUAUGUUUCUUCGUCGAGUGGCUCAACAAGGUAUUCCCAUCAUUUGCACAAUUCAUCAGCCAUCCGGUGUAUUGUUCAAUAUGUUUGAUCGUAUCCUUCUUCUUGCGCCUGGAGGACGAACCGUUUUUGCUGGCGAGACGGGUGAAAAUUCAGCCAAUGUUGUGGAAUACUUCCAGAAAAAUGGCGCUGUAAUCGCUGCAAACGACAACCCGGCUGAAUUCAUCAUCUCUUUGGUUUCUUCGCAGGGUGCUGACUCGCAUCCCUGGUCAGAAGUAUGGAACCAGUCGGAAGAGCGCAAGACACUUGAUGAGGUUGUAUCUGAACUUCAAAGUGAUGAUAGUCUAGCCAAUUCUUACAUUGCCGAUGAUGUCGACACAAACCAGGGCGAGUACGCAUUACCUCUCUAUGCACAAACCCUCGAGGUCACGAAGCGACAUUGGAUUUCAGUGUGGCGAAAUGGGUUUUACAACUUCAGUCGCAUUUGGAAAGCCCUCUUCAUCGAGAUGUUUAUCGCGUUUGCAUUCUUCAAGACAAAGGACACUCAGCAAGGGCUGCAGAACCAUAUGGUUGCAAUUCUUCUUCUUGCUUGGAUUAUCCCAGCGUCAUGCGCAGAUAUCCAGAACGUGUGGUUCGAAAAAUGGGCCAUUUUCACAGCCCGCGAGAAGAAUGGAAUCUACGAUUGGAAGGCUCUUGUAUCUGCCUGCGUCGCAGUUGAGCUUCCAUGGCAAAUUGGCACCUAUACUCUCAUCUUUUUGGCUACAUAUUGGACGAUCGGGUUCCCCACCACGACAACAGCCACAGGCUACUUCUAUUUCAUCUGGCUCCUUCUCGCAAUCUUUGGCACUACAUAUAGCCAGCUUCUUGCGGCGCUAUUUCCGAAUGCAACAAUGAGUGGUCACGCAAACUCACUGAUUUGGUGCAUUCUAAUGGUGUUCUCGGGAGUUCUGACCCCCAAAGCUUAUAUGAAUGACUUUUACCGUCCUUGGUUGUUUUGGGUAGACCCCAUGCGAUACUUCUUCGGGGGAAGUGUCUCAAGUGCCUUGCAUGGUCUCCGUGUGAAAUGUGGCCCUGAUGAGUUGGUCAAGUUUGAUCCUCCUCCCGGCCAGACAUGCGGGGAAUACGCGGCUCGUUUUAUCAGUCAAAGUGCGGGAUAUCUCGUGAAUGAGACUUCCUCUGUGAACUGCCAGUACUGUCAGUACUCAGUGGGUGAUGACUAUCUAGAAACCCUGAACUUCCACUACUCGGACAAGUGGCGGGACUGGGCAGUCUUUUUGGGAUUCUGCAUCACCAAUAUUGUCCUACUGUACAUUGUCAUGUGGUGGAAUAAGGGAAGACUCCAGCGCCGUGUCUGA